AUGCGGCGCGGGUCGAGAUUCGCGCACCAAGAGUUCUGCGCGCGGUGCGCGAGGGCGCAUCGCGAGCGCGGCGUCUCGGUGACGGACGCGAGGCUGGAGAGCGCGAUGAUGGGGCUGUCGAGCGCGAUGAAGUUCGGGACGAGCGAACAGGACGCGUUCGCGAGCGCGGUGGCGAUGGUGACGCUGACGCUGUAUCGGUUCGAUCGAAUCGAAGCCGAGGGCGGGGAGGGAGAGGGAGAGGGAGAGGGAGAGGGAGAGGGAGAGGGAGAGGGAAGGUUGAGCGCGCGGACGUUGGAGGAGGCGAGAAAGCGCGUGGAAGAGGAUAAGGAGGCGAUGGGGAUGUUGAAGUACAUCGAGAUGACGAAUAAGAACGCGGAUGAGGGGUACACGCUUCGCAGGAUGGAGCUCGAGCGACGAUUCGCGAGCGGGGGCGAAAAGCGAACGCCGACCCCGGGCGAGUCCAUCAUGCGGAUGAAUUGCAAGCUCACGCUGUUGACGAGGGAGAUGAUAGAACUCGAACGCGGGAUCACGCACGCGAGAAGAGGGCUGGAGGCGAUGGAGGACGUCGACGCGACGGUGGACGAGACUGAAAUUAUUGAAAUCGAGGCGCAACAGCAGUUGGCGUUGGCGUGGUGCACGAGAGAGCGCACGCCCGCGCGAGAGCUCGCGGCGGACAUGCUCGUCGCGUUUUUCAGCGUCUUGACGAACCAUCCAGUGGGGUACCGCGAGUUCGUUCGCGCGGCGCGAAGCGCGUACGAGGCUGGGAUCUCUGCGGAUGAAAUCACGGGCGCGCUCGACGCCCCGGAAUUCGACGUCGAGGGCACGCAGCGAGGGAUGUUCGGUCGCGCCGCAGACGCGCCAAAGAUCUUCGCCGGCUUAGUCACGACAGCGUACGUGGCGUUCGAGGCCGAAGGCUUGCCUCUGCCUGCCGCUGCGAAAGGGGAUGAAGAUUUAUUCGCCUACGCCUCGCAUCCGCGCGCAUCGGACGAAGACGCCGAGUUCCAGCGACCGACAGACGAAGACACGAGACGCGCCCGCGCGCGAGGUUUGCGAAAGGCUGUCGAAGGUUGGAUGGCGAUGGAUCGCGACGAGCUCGCGAACGAAGUUAGCGCGUCGCUAUCGAUCGACGAAUCGAUCGACGACGACGCGGCGCAGCCUUUCGCGGGAUCGACGACGACGAAAUCGACGGCCCCGGGCGACGGCUCUUUCGCCGUCGUCCGCGAUGAGGCGUUUGGUGCUUCCUCCAUAACACUCGUCACGCUACGACACCAGCGUAACAUCGUGAGUUUCGUGCGAAACGAUCUCGCCGUCCAAGGCGCUUAG